AAGUAGUAAUGUGUUUUUGAUACCUUCAUUUUUUUUUGCAUUAAAUCAUACCGGGAUGUUUGCUGAAAUUGAUUGGAUGUGGCACAGCCCUACCUAGAAAAUGUCCACCAGUCUCCACUGGAAGGCACUACAAAAUGUGAAUGUGGAAUCAGUAAAUCUUGUCUGCAGUCUGCAGGGGGUCUCGGGUCUCUUCUCUCUUGACAGGCGCUUUCUCGCGAGCGCACAGCGCGCUGCGUGGUGCGCCCCCAGCAGUCUCCCUGCGGGACAACACCUGACCUGACUGUGAAAACAUCCUGCCUGCCUCUACAUCGCAGAUGAGCUGCAGCGGUGUCCUCCUCCUCCGGCUGGGUGAGUGACCGACUGCCCGGUGAUCCCGGUGGUCCCGGUACGUGAUGGAUACAAGGUUCCCCUCCAGAUGGCGGAGGAGUGAGUGAGGAUGCGCCUCCCCAGCUCCAUCUUUGUGUCGGUGUCUCUGUUCACGGCCGAGACCACUGCAGCUCUCUACCUCAGCUCCACGUACCGCUCAGCCGGAGACCAGAUCUGGCAGGGGCUCACGCUCCUCUUCACGCUCGUGCCGUCCGUGCUCGUGCAGCUGACCCUCACCUUCAUCCACCGGGACCUGAGCAGAGACAGACCUCUCGUGCUGCUGCUGCACAUCCUGCAGCUCGGACCCAUAGUCAGGUGUCUGGAGGCGUUCUGUAUCUAUGGCAGUGUGGGCCGUGUGGAGGAGCCGUAUGUCAGCAUCACCAGGAAGAAGCAGAUGCCUCGCGGGGGUCAGUCUGAGGAGGUGGAGCGGCAGGUGGGGCAGGCGGAGGGGAAGCUGUUCACGCACCGAGCAGCCUUCGCCCGCACCUCUGUCAUUCAGGCCUUCCUGGGAUCGGCCCCCCAGCUCACCCUGCAGCUCUACAUCUGCGUCCUGCAGCAGGGGGUCUCCAUCGGAAGAGGCACACUGAUGGUGAUCUCCCUCCUGUCCAUUGUGUACGGAGCGCUGCGCUGCAACAUCCUGGCCAUUAAGAUAAAAUAUGAUGACUAUGAAGUGGACGUCCGCCCCAUGGCUUAUCUGUGCAUUUUCCUGUGGAGGAGCUUUGAGAUCGCCACUCGCGUGGUGGUUCUGGUUCUGUUCAGCUCCGUGCUGCAGCUCUGGGUCCUUCCCGUGGUUCUGCUCAACUUCCUGGUUUUCUUCCUCUACCCGUGGAUCCUGUUCUGGCAGAGCCACUCUCCGUUCCCUGAGAAUAUAGAAAAAACACUGACCAGGGUGGGAACCACCAUCGUGCUUUGCCUGCUCACCUUCCUCUACGCCGGCAUCAACAUGUUCUGCUGGUCGGCCGUGCAGGUGAAACUCAACGACCCGGAUCUCAUCAAUAAGUCCCAGAACUGGUAUCGCAUGGCCGUGUACUACAUGCUGCGUUUUGUGGAGAACGCCUCACUGCUUCUGCUGUGGUACAUCUAUAAAACGGACUUCUACCAGUUCAUCUGUGCCCCGCUGCUGAUGCUGCAGCUGCUGGUCGCCUACGCCAUCGCCAUCUUCUUCAUGCUCGUCUUCUACCAGUUCUGUCAUCCGUGUCGGAGGCUCUUCUCCUCCAGCAUGACCCAGGGCCUCUGGAACUGCUCCUCUCUCCUGUGUCUCAUGUGCAACUCCACUUCGCCACAGAACAGGCCGAUGGGAAAGUCACCCAGCCCCGCCGCACGCGAAGAGCCGGCUAUUGACGGAGCUCACGACACAGCCAGCGACUCAACAGACGACAUGCCUAAUGAAACGACGUACGACAUGCUAGACGAUACAAUCUAUGACACCGCGAAUGAAAUCGGCAAUAAUAUAUGUGGUGAAAUCAACGGUGACAUUAACCACAGCUCAUCCUGCAAUGCUUAAAAGCAUCACAAGUGUUUGACGUGCCAUCCAGAGGAGCGAAUGAGUCAUCACACCCUCUGUAACCUUUCAAGUGCCACAUGAAUCCCUCCGCGAGUUGAGUUUUUCAUAUAUCCAUCUCGACUCUGUUUUUCUACCACUGUCUAUUACUCAAACAAGAAGCAAAUGUGUCCUUAACUGGAGAUGCACUCUUAAAGGCUGCAGACCUACACAGUGUUCACUGCUGUGUGCAGAAGCAGAGGUGGUGCUCACCUCAUCUCAUCAGCCAACAUCCACACCUGUCAUCCUGCAGCCUUUAAUUCAAUUAAAAACAUGGACAACACCACCUUUAGUUUUGGAGACUUUGUCCACAUAUAUGCUGCAUUACUGAUCACAAGGAGCCAUGCAUUUGAAUUGAUUGUAUUUAGUAUCUCUGUUUGGCAUGGAGGUGUGCAUGUGUGGAGCCUAAGAUGAACUCCUGCAGAAGGGUGGAGGUCUGUUUUGUACAGGAAUUUUUUCUGAAACUCCCCUCUAGUCUUACGGCUGCCAGCAAACAGCUUUUUUAUUCCUUGAUAAGAGCUUUAUCAUGAAUACGCGCUGCUUCUGUGAUGUGUUUGUGCUUGACGACGAGGUGUUAAAUCUCCACACAUUGUUUAAAGAGCCUGUUCGAUCACCAAACACGUGAACUGUAAAGCACGGACGUCUCCAAGUUUAAUGUUUCUGCACGUUUACAAAAAAGGAUUUAAGUGGCUUUGGUUCAACUGUUGAGCAGCAACAGCUGCAGUGAUGUGAAAUGCUUUGUUUGGAUGUAUUUGCAUUUUUUCUAAUUCAUGCUCGUUACAUCUGUCAGCCGCGUGUCUCAUUAGUUAGAAUAUUUACACCGAGUGCACACUAACAAUCGAUUAUAUCUAACUGAAAAAAAUGUUUGGAAUUGUAACAAGUAUUUUUGCUUAUUUUCAACCUUUAAUGUAUAAUUGUGUGUGAGAGAGAGAGAAUGUCAGUUUGUUUGUUUUUGCACCUACUCCUUUUUGCAAUGUAUGUGAAGAGGGAUGACAACCUCGGGUAUCAAAUGAAUGCUCCUAAUGUUUGUACAAAUAAGAAAGAUAAGCCCAAAAAAAUAUGAAAAAUCUAUUGUACACAUCGAACGUUCUCACGCAGAGCAAGAUAAAAGGCUUUUAAAAGAUAAAAUCCUACUUAAAAAAUCAAAAUAAAUUUAUAUUUAUAUGUGAAAA